AUGGCUUUACUCGGGAUCAUAGUGUACGCGGCCGCGUUUUUUGCUCUCACAAUUGCAUCGUCAUUGUUGAUUAUACCUCUACUCGUCAUGUCAUUUAUCUUUGCUACGUUGGUCAUUGUCUUUGGGUUCAUAUCCAAUGCCACUUUCAAGAUGUGCCAAGCCAUUAUAUUUAGAGUCGAGGGGAUACUGCACGGCAUCUACUUCCACAUGAUUACAAUAAGACGCCAAGAAGAAAUCCAAAUGAAACGGUUUACCUCCGUUGGCCAGAGCACGCGCCUCUACUGUACCACCAUCACUGUCCCCACCGACCCUCACUUCACACGAACUUCUUACCGCAAAAAAAAUAAGAACAAACGAAAUUUGGUUAAAUUACAUAUAUAUAUUCAUUUGCAAACUAUAUACGGGCUUAUUAUCUUUGGCAUUUAA